UCGAGCGGCGGCUCCAUGUGAAGUGGUUUGAGCAAAUACCAUCUGCGAAGGUGGGUUUUUCACUGGAGCGCACGCUGGGUUGAAUACGAACAACCAUCGUUUCACAUUUCGUGUGGUCUGUUUGAAUGGAGGGAGAAAGAAACGGUUCAGCUUUGCAGCGGUUGAAUAUCUCCCCGACAAGGUCAGAGAGCAGCUGACGGCCAAAGCGACAAUAAACAUGAAACCUGCGGUUUGACCUUGUUUUGAACGGAAAUGGUGUGGUGAGACGUGCCGCGCUGGUUUGCGAACACCCACCCACCCGUCUUGCCUCCCUCUGUCUUGUCCAACCUCCAGCCCAAUGGCCUGUCGGCUGCUGGCCAGAUGUGGCCGUCUGCUCUGCCGCAGCUCCGCACACGCCCCAGCCAGCCGCUUCCAUUCUCCUGGCUCUGUGUUGACCGAGCUCCUGCCCUCCUCCAGCCGGCGUGCUGUCUCCGCCAGGUUCAUGUCUGACCCAAGUGCCACGGCGUCAGAGGACAGGUAUGAUGCGUUCCUCCCGUUCACGCCGUUGGAUAAGAAGGUUGAUGUGAUGACGAUACCGGAGGACAUCCUCCUGGCCUGGGUGGAACAUGAAGGCAACGGCAACCAGGGAGCUAACGCCUUCAUCAAGUGGACCAAGCUGGUGUUGAAAGCCAGGGAAAGUGGGAAGGAGCAGCCCGACGCCAUGACGGAUCCGCGGCUGAAGGAUAUUAUGAACGUCGUCAGCAAGCAGAUCUCUACAGUGUGGAACAACAACCUGGUGUUCCUCCUGCAGUCUCUCUGGACUCUCAACUCCCCCCACACUACCACGUUCUUGAGCUCUGUGCAGAACGAAGUGUUGUGGCGGAUUCGCCGGCUGAGCUACAAGCAGCUGGGUUUACUGGUCAACGUUGGGCUCCACAGGAAAGGACAGCAGGACGCCGCUAUUGUCAACAGUGCACUCAAACAGCUGGAGCUGCGUUGGACAGAGAUCUCUGAUGCUAAAACUGUCAGUGCAUUGAUGUCAAAAGGAAAAUAUUUGUCUCCCACGCUGAUGGACAGAUUGGAAGAUAAGGCUCUGGAGCUCGCCGAGGGAUUUUCUGGAGAGGAGAUCCGCAGAGUGUGUGCGUCUUUAGCGGCUUUAGGUCGCCGGUCGGUUCCCCUGCUCAGAGCUCUGUCCUACCAUCUUGUCCAGAGGCCGACAUCUGAGUUCACUAUUCCACUGAUAAUGGAUGUGGCCUAUGCCUAUGCAAAACUGAAUUUCCACCAGUCUCAGAUGCUGCAACGGUUGGCGUCCGAGCUGCUACUGAGGAUCUCGGAGCUAACUCCUGCUGAUGUCACACGCUUUUCCAAAUCCCUUGGUUUCCUGAAAUGGCAGCACGUCCCUCUGUUCGAGGCCUUCGCUGAGCAUUUCAUAGAAAACAGCGACAAGUACUCCAGUCCUCAGUUUUGUAAUCUCAUCAUGGCGUUUGCCAGAUUGGGCUUCCAGCCCAGCAAGGGAGAAGAGUUCUACAGCAAGGUCCAUGCUGUGCUGGAGGGGUCCCUCUCAGGGCUGGAGCCGUCCCUGCAGACAGAUGUGGUCUGGUCUCUCUGUGUGCUGCAGCAGGCUCGGCCUUCUUAUCUUCUCCCUCUCACACAACAGAAGCAUAUUUCCGCGCUGUCAGACGGCAGACCAGCUCCUGUGGAGGGCCAUCGCUUGAAGCUCCUUCACAUAGCUGCCACUCUUGACUUGGAGCACCCGGACCCGACCCGUUCGUGCCCUCUCCCCUCCCUUGCAGCGCUCUGUAUUCCCGCCGGGGCAUCUACAGUGACCCCAAUGCAGAGCAGCCUGCGGACAGCGCUACAGAGCCUUGUGGGAGAGAGGCCAGAAGCUCUUCGUACCGGAGUGGAAACGGUUCACGGGUGGACCAUUGAUGGUGAGGUGGUGGUGGACUGUGAAAGCAAACCAGUUGACCUGACAGAAAUGAAAGCUCCACAUCUGCCUGCUGGUGGCGGAGACCAGGGUUUACCAGACGGGGCGCGACGGCUGGCGUUUGUGGCGUGGGACUUUUCUAGUUUCAGUUCCAAGAGUAAGGAACUCUUAGGACGCUUUGUCAUGAUGAAACGGCAUCUCCAGCUAGCUGGCUUUCUCAUUGUAGAGGUUCCAUAUUAUGAGUGGCUGGAACUGAAGACGGACUGGAAGAAAAUCUCCUACCUGAAGGAUAAGAUGGGGAAGGUUGUUGCUGAGGACAUGGCAAAGUGAGUCCUGCAAAUCUGAGCUCCACAUGGGAAGCACGGGGAUUGUGUACAUUUCCUUCUGUUGCCGUGGAGACGAUGACAACCAUCAAGAGUUGCCUGGCUGCUGUGCACCAGACUCAUCCAAAGGAGCUCCCUGCGUUCUAAUUCAAGACCUUGUGGAUUCAUUCGAGCAGUAGGACUCAUUUAUCUGUGUGAAUGUGAGGAGAGUGAUCUUGUGAUGCAAUAAAGCGCUAUUGUUAUUUAAAUUGUAUUAAGUGUUAUUUCCAUCCCUGGUGUGAGGUGCUGAGACCAGCUGUUUUUUCUCUUCUCUGUUGACUGUGGUGAUCUUUGGAUGGGUUGGACAAAGGUCAACAUACAUGGAGCCUUUCAUCCCAGGUCAGGUGGCAGGUCAGCAGCCGAGUACGGAGGCCUCAUGUCAUUGCUAUCACUUCAAUGAUUCUCUAAAGCUGGCAUUGGCCCUGGCAGAGCUGAGAACCCUCUGGACCUUGGGGUUGUUUUUAACAUCAAGAACCGAUCCGAAAAGGGAAGCUUUGGUUGCCACAGAAACUGGUGAUGCUUGUGUGCACGCGCCUCUUCUCUCCCUCUGUGUUUCCUAGGAGGGUGAUGUGGAAGCUGCAGGCUCGGAACAGAUGCUCUUGUUGGCUUCAGCGCGGCGCAGACUCGCCAUCCUGACUGAUGCCGUCGCAGCCUGCUGGGUAAAGACAGACUAGAGGGGAGGAGAGGAGCUGGAGCUGCUACUGCUGCAGCCACACACGCACGAUGAGGCAG